GUCAAAUUUCCCGACGGCGAGCCUCAAAAGUCAAAAUUGAGAAUCUACGACUACGCUCUUCACAACGAUUAUCGGCGGACGGCGGCAGCCAUGAAGUCCAUUUUCCAAGGCGCUGCAGACCUGGUCGACCUCCAAGUUCCUUUACAUUUCUCCCAGUUGUGUUUCCACUCAAUGAAUUUAUAAUUAGUGUUCUCUGUUUGAAUUUCCCCCCUUCAUGUUCAGACGAAGGCUGCGUGAGCAGAAUCUGUGCGUCGGGACAAAGCUUUCGGGGAGGUUAAGAUGCGUCGCAGCUGGGAGCUGUUCUCCACGAUGUGAUCCCAGCGAUAUGCGAUUUCCUGGCAGCUGGGGAUGCUACCUUCUGCGAGCUUCUCCGGGCUCGAGGGCUUGACAAUAGAUUGAAGUGUUAUUUGGUAAACUAUAAAAUUUCUGCUGUGCUGGAUUCUAGAAAAUUUCUACUGUCCGAGGACUCAUGCCCGCAUGGAGCCUUUACAUAAUUGCGAUGCACAGACAGCAUACUGUAUCCCAUCUACAGUUGCUCUAUUCCCGUAUGGGUUUUCACGCUAGCAGUCAAUGCCUUUGCACGACAAUACUUGAUCAGUGAAGGAGGAAUACUCAGGGCUAUGCCCUGGUUAAUAUGCUUUAGAGUUGAGCUUUGCAGCCUACAAGGCUACGUGGCGGUUUGAUGUGGGUCUUCUUUGCCUGUGUAUCAGAGAGAAACUGCAGAAAAAUGAGGGUUGUUGUCAUUGUUGAUCAAAAUUUAUCAGGGGCAUGGACAUGGAAGAUCCUUCUAUGCCAUGUGGCAUGAGACAUGCAAUGGAAGACAACCCUUUUGCAUCAUCAGAUGGGCUCUUGAUCUGGUCAGCUAUCAAACAACGGGUCCAUUCUGCCAAAUCUGAUUUUGAGCUGCAAAAUUGGCGGGAUGCUAUACAGGUCAUGCGGUUAAAAGAAAUGAGUGUUGGGCGCCUAAACACCACAGAAAAGAGGAAUUGCCUGUCAUACUUACUACUGUGAUCUGCACUGCAUCGGAGCAGCACUCAGCUACUAACUUUGGGCAAUACCCUUUUGGGCGGUGUGUCCUUAAUCUUCCUGCUUUCAUGAGAAGAUUGAUUCCACAAGAAGAUGACUUUGAUUAUGAGAAGGCCAGACCGAAUCCGCAGGGGUUUUUCCUGUUAUCUAUGCUUACCAUGUUUCAAGCAUGUGAAGGAUGGCAAUGCAAGAGAGCGUGUCAUCUCAUUCCCCAGAUGAGGGAGGAGUAUUUGGGUCAGCUAUAAUCCUAUGGCAGUCACUGGAUUAAUGAUGAAGAUAUGCAGAAACUGUAAACAAAGUUUACUGAUCAGCUUAAGAGAUAGUGAAGAUGAUAAACCUCAGAAACAUGGACAUUCAACUUAAAAACAGAAGUGGUGCUGGUUCCUUCAUAUGAGCGUACUACUUCCAACUUAAGAGUCAGGGGUGAUAGAUCGUGGAAUCACUAAAAGCAUUUCUGCUUGAGGAGUUAUGAUUCGUUUGAAGCCGGUUUCUGUCUUUCCUAAUACUUUUUAUGUCAUUGUUGUGGCAGUAUGAUUCCUUUACCAAGAUGUUCAACCAAAUAAUGUUAGUAUUUCCAGUUGGGGUGUUUUAAAUAAAGCUCGAAAGCUCCGUGAUAGAACUGAAGUAGCUAGAGUGUUCCUCACAUUUAGUUUUCACAUGACACUGUACUAGGCUUUGCUCAGCCUUUUGCCAUGCUGCUCCUUGUUAAGGAACCAAUGAAAUUACUCGGUGUAGUUUCUUGUAUGGUGCAAACCUAAAAGCAAUUAGUAUGAUAGAAGUAGUUUCUGUUGCAUUAGAUGAUUGGGUUUCCAUCUUUCGUUCAGGCCCUGCAUGCUUACUUGAUUGCUUCAUUUUGCUUGUUUCCUCCUCAGUACUCACUGUUUUUCUUAUUGCUUUGGCUCAAUUUAACCGUUUUGUUCAGUUUCCUUAGAUGGCAGUCACUUCCUCUCGCCUCCAUUGAAUUCAAGCAAAUGGGUUCCAAUCACAGGUUGUUGGUGUUCUAAAUGUGAUGUUCUAAUACUUUGCUUUUCACAUGUCGAGCAUUUUGUUAUGCUAGUCAUGCUUCUGUCUUCUGGGUUGCUUUCUCCUUUUUUUCUUUUCCCUCUUUCAUUCAAUAUUUCUCCUGCAGGCGAUUUAAAGGCCUGUGCGUGUUUGGAGCAUUUGGUGAGGCAGGAAGUGAAAACUCCACUGUUCUUUUGGCAAUAAGGUGAAGACUCCAUUGCUCAAUAAGGUGAGUUGGUUUCCUUCUACCCGUCUGCUCAGUUUUAUCAUGCAUCUGAGAUUUGUCUGCAGAAAUCAAACAUUUACGAACGUGCUUCCUGAUGUAAAACAAGUAGCCUUGGUCAAUGUCGUCAAAAGUCUCUUUAUAGAUUGCAGGAAACUCCACCAAAUUCAUUAGAAGCUGAACCUCACCUCUUCCUUGCUCUACAACCAUUAACGUUCCACUGUCACAGAAAGCAUCUUUUUUUUUUUAAAAGGUACAUCUCACUAGUCGUUUUUGACACUGACCCACCCAUGUCCUCAAAAUUACCCAUUGCAUUACAGAGAUGACAGGCUUCUCUACCAUGUCAGUAUUCUGCAGUUGACUUUGAUUCUCAUUGAAUCUCGGAAAUAUCUUUCCAAGAUAUGAAAUUAAGUUGGUCACUGGACAGCGCAGGAUGCUUUGGCGUUGUUUCUUCUUAGGGUAACAAGUAAGAUUUCUGAACACCGAUUCCACGUUAGAGCCUAGAGGGAUGGGCUUUUAUUAGUGAAAAGUCUCCCGCGCCAACUGUGUUCCAGAAUCCAUCGCCUAGAGUUAUGCCAAGUGGUAGCAGUAAAAUUUCAUUCCAAUUGUUUAAUGCUCUUUCCCUUCAUGGCCAAUAGCUCCAUUAUUUAGUAGAAGAUAAUGACAUGUGGUUGCAUUUCUUACACUUACAUGUGCAAUGUAGAUAAUCAACAAAGUACAUUAUGCAUUUCAUUGUAUACCUUCAUUAUGUCGAGUGUCAGUAGUAUCAAUUUUGUUAGUCUACUCUUGAGUUAGUGUGAUAUUUAGUCCAUUUACUAUGUGAUUUUAACAAAUACAUCCAUGUACUCCGAACUUUAGCUCUAAAAAUUAAAUUUAGUGAAUAAAUAUGUUAUGCAAGCCAUUCAGACGUGCUUACUAAACAUGAGUUGAUUUGAGCUGUAACUUCUUUAGAUGAAAUUUAUACUCGUUAAAUGACAGUACAAUGACAUGUUGAUCAAACAUACUAUUAUGGUACGCGUCUGUUCAAGCAGCAAAGUAGAGGGACUAAAAUGCCAUUGAACCCAGUUAUGAUUCAUCCAAAAGAAAUAAUGAAGCCAGCUAUGUUGAUCAUCUCUCAUAUUCUUAAUGAAUUGCUUCCUUAUAAUAUUUCUCGUUCUGCACGAGCUCAUCAUAGCUGUAUUUCUUUAUUCAUUUCCACUAGUUUUUAUGAUUUUGAGACAUGUGCUGCAGACUAGUAGAUAUAUUAAAUAUUCACGAGCCCAAAUAAACUUGCAUGAUUGCAGGAUCCUUUGGAAACUGUAUGGGAUCUGUAGAAGGCUUAGAACCUUUAAUGUUUAUUUAUAUCUGUUUAGAUCUAUCUUUAGCAGAGCACAGAGAACCUUUUAUUUGGUUUGGUGUUCCUUUUUCACUUGUGCUUAUAGAAAAGCUCCUACCCCUCGUAGGACACCAUCUCCCUUCAUUACCAUGGGUCACUGAAAGUCUGAAAUCAUGUUUCCUUUUCCAUUCUGCUUAUAUAUGAAUAAGGCCUCCUGCCCUUCUUAGGAGAGCUAUAUCGAAUUGAACUACCGAUGAAUACACCUACAUAUAGGACAUGCCCCCUUAAGUUAAACACCGUUAAGGAAUUUUUUUUUUUAAAAUAAUAGCCCUUGAUUAGAUUCAAGACCCAGAUACAUAGAAAAUUUAUAAGCACGGUUAAAAAGGAGCAAGUGGAGAAAAUACAGCUUUGUUUGAGGUUUGAUAAUUUUACGCUUUAUCAUUUCUAUAGUCCAAGUAACUCCAGUCUUACACUGUUAUUUCAAAUCGAGGACUGCAGUUGGAUUAAACACUAUAAUAUUCAACGUGUUCUUCAAGUCCAAUUUUCUUCUUCUUCUUUAUGAAUGUUCCUGUGAGUCCACUUGAAUAUAAUUCUUAAUACCCAGAAGUACCUCAAGUACUAUAAGAGAAAGUUGCACAGCUUUCAGUUUCAGCCUCAAACUUAUCUUUCUCAACAUAGGGAUCUAAAUACUCGCUAUUGUUGAGCAGAAGACGCUAACAUCUCCAAUGUCAGCAUCCAAUCUCCUCCCGCCGGUGAUAGGUGGCCGUGCGGCUGGAGGUAAUACUCUGAUUCAGCGGAUGACCCAAGUGGUUCCCGGAUCACAGGCCAGGUACCCUGGCGGUUCGUUCAUCCGGGCAGCGAUUAGCCGCGCAGAAGACAGUGAUUCUUUUUCUUCUACUACUUUGCUGGUCAAAGGAGCUCCUCCUCUGGCUUCUACUGAUGAUCAUGGAAAUAGGCAAGUUUCUGUAAAGGCAGUAGUUACCGUAAGGAAGAAGAUGAAGGAGAACGUACUUGAGAGGAUUGGAAAUCAACUGGAGCAUUUUCUCAAUGGUCUUGGUCAUGGGAUCUCCAUUCAACUCAUUAGCGAGGAAAUUGACCCUGAGACCAACUCAGGAAAGUAUGCAGAAUCUAGGGUAAGAGGCUGGCUGCCCAAAUCAUCAGUUGACCCUUACAGAGUGGAAUACGCAGCAGAGUUCAAAGUCCCCCAAGACUUCGGAACUCCAGGAGCUGUUUUCAUCACCAAUCUCCAUGGAAGCGAAUUCUUCUUGCAGGAGAUUGUGGUUCAUGGUUUCAAUGGUGGAGGCCCUUAUGUCUUCCCUGCAAACACUUGGAUCCAUUCCAGGCACGACAAUCCUGAAAGCAGAAUCAUCUUUAGGAACAAGGCGUAUCUUCCCGCGCAAACCCCACCUGGAAUCAAAGACUUGAGGCGGGAGGACUUGCUCAGCGUCCGCGGGAAUGGAAAGGGCGAGAGAAAGAUGCACGACAGAAUCUUCGACUAUGACGUUUACAAUGACUUGGGUAAUCCUGACUCCGACCAAGAUCUCGUAAGGCCUGUUAUUGGCGGCAGCCAUGAAUUCCCUUAUCCAAGGCGCUGCAGAACUGGCCGGCCUCCAACCAAAACAGAUGAACUCUCAGAGAGCAGAAUCGAGAAGCCGCAUCCGGUCUACGUGCCGCGAGACGAAGCCUUUGAGGAGACAAAACAAGCUGCUUUCGCAGCUGGCAGGCUGAAGGCCGUCCUUCACAACUUGAUCCCGUCGAUAUCUGCCUCGUUGUCCGAUUGCGAUAUUCCCUUCAUCUGCUUCUCCGACAUCGACACGCUCUUCAACGAUGGGUUCCUGAUCCGACCUGGACCGAAAGGAACAACUGGGUUCCUGGCCAAGUUCGUGAAUCAGAUUUGGAACGCUGGACAUAAGAUGAUGAAGUAUGAUACCCCUGCUGGUAUCAAAAUGGAUAGGUUUUCAUGGCUGCGAGACAUCGAAUUUGCCCGCCAAACAUUGGCCGGGGUUAAUCCAGUCAUCAUUGAGCUUCUAAGGGAAUUCCCUAUCGUGAGCAAGCUCGACCCUGAAAUUUAUGGCCCUCCAGAGUCCUCUCUAACAAAGGAAGUACUUGAAGAAGAUCUCCAUGAAAUGAGCUUAGAGCAGGCCAUGGAGGAGAAAAGGCUCUUCAUUCUGGAUUACCAUGACAUGCUUCUGCCAUUUGUGGAGAAGAUAAACUCUUUGCCUGGGAGCAAAAGUUACGCAACUAGAACAGUUUUCUACCACACCAAUACUGGCGUUCUGAGGCCAUUAGCCAUUGAGCUUUCUCUUCCUCCAACUUCUUCCUCAGGUGGAAGCAAAAGGGUUUACACUCGUGGCCAUGACGCUACUAGUCACUGGUUGUGGAAGCUGGCCAAGGCUCAUGUUUGUACUAAUGAUUCUGGCGUUCAUCAGCUAGUGAGCCAUUGGUUGAGGACCCAUGCCUGCAUGGAGCCUUACAUAAUUGCGACCAACAGGCAGCUCAGCGCCAUGCAUCCGAUCUACAAGCUGCUCGAUCCCCAUUUGCGUUACACAUUAGAGAUCAAUGCCCUUGCUCGUCAAAGCUUGAUCAACGGUGGAGGGAUCAUUGAGGCUUCAUUCAGCCCUGGCAAGCAUGCAAUGGAGGUUAGCUCUGCAGCCUAUAAGGCAAUGUGGCGGUUCGAUAUGGAAGCAUUGCCUGCUGAUCUCCUUCGAAGGGGCAUGGCAGUGGAAGAUCCCUCGACGCCGAGUGGAGUGAGACUAGUGAUCGAAGACUACCCCUACGCCUCAGACGGGCUCUUGAUCUGGUCAGCCAUCCAAGACCUAGUAGAACCCUAUGUGAACCACUUCUACCCCGAACCCUACUCAGUCAAAUCAGAUUUCGAGCUCCAGUCGUGGUGGGACGAGAUCAGAAACGAAGGCCAUGCUGACAAAAAGAACGAGGCAUGGUGGCCUAAACUCGACACAACUCACGACUUAUCCUCGAUACUAACCACGAUCAUCUGGACCGCAUCAGGGCAGCAUGCAGCCAUCAACUUCGGGCAGUACCCUUUCGGAGGGUACGUCCCAAACCGCCCUACCCUGCUGCGGAGAUUGAUGCCUCAGGACGAUCAGCCUGACUACGAGAAGUUCUUGGUCAACCCUCAAAGGUUUUUCUUGUCUUCUUUGCCAACUAAGCUCCAGGCCACUAAAGUGAUGGCGGUGCAGGAUACACUGUCGACUCACUCGGUGGAUGAGGAGUAUUUGGGCCAGGCGGCGAGGGCCUAUAGCAGCCAUUGGAUUGGUAACGAGGAAGUGGAGAAACUGUACAAAGGGUUUGCCGAUCGAAUGGAAGAGAUUGAAAAGAUUAUAAAUUUGAGGAACAAGGAUGUGAGGAUGAAGAAUAGAAGUGGAGCUGGUGUGCCUCCUUAUGAGCUAUUGCUUCCAAGUUCAGGACCAGGUGUUACAGGUCGUGGGAUCCCUAAUAGCAUUUCCAUUUAAUGAGGUUUUUGGCUUUGAAUUGUUAGGAAUCCUUGUGGGGCUUGGAUUCUUAUUGCUCGGUGAAAAAUGUGAGAAAAGUGAGGAAAGGUCUGAAUGGUGAUUAUAUAGAGUAUGAGAGAGGUCUGUUGAUCUUCUGGUUCUGUGGAUGGAUGUAAAAUCCAAAAAGGGUUACAUUUCCAAGUGAUUUAAAAAUGGGCUUAAUUGCAAGAUUGGUCACCCGAAUUGCUUAAAAAUUUCACGUUUGCCACCCGAAUUGAUUUAUUCCAUUUAUAGUCACUCGAAUUAGUUCAACAGUCCAAGUUCGGUCACUCUCCGUUAACCU